AUGGCGCCUCCUAAGACCGUGCAGAAAGAAAGCCGGCUCCUGGGGAAGCUCCUGGUGCCCGACACGUCCAAUGUCAAGAUCCCGUCAGCGACAGCGAAGUUUUUACCGUCGCACGCCGCAAGCACUGCUGCUCUGCGUUCCACGUGGUUCGGCCACGCAAGCUGCUAUGUCGAGCUCCCCUCCGGAUUCCGCACCCUGUUCGAUCCCGUCUUUGAGGAGCGCCUCAGCGCCAUGGGCCGCAAGCGCUUCACCCCAGCCGCCUGCAGGCCGGGGGACUUCCUGGCGCUCGGCGCCGUUUUCAUCAGUCACAGCCACCACGACCACCUCUCGCUGCCGUCGGUCAAGGAGCUUGUUCGUGCUUACCCUGGCGUGCAUUUCUUCGUCGGCCUGGGGCUGGCAAAGUGGUUCCAGGACAGCGGGGUAAGCGCAGCGACAGAGAUGGACUGGUGGGACGGUGCCGACGUGGUCUUGAAGAGGAGCAGGGCUUCAGAGGCCGGUGUCGAUGCCGGCCAGGGUGUUGGGAACGACAAUUCGUCUCCGCCAGAACGCAUCAGCUCGGGCGGCAAGUCGGUGUGGUUUGCCGGCGACACGGGCUACCGGUCUAUGCCCGAAGGCAUGGAGGAGCUUGGGCCGGGCUUCGACGAGCUGCCCCGAACUCCCGGGUUCACGCAGAUCGGGAGUCAGUGA